UUGGUAUUUAUUAGGCGCCUACAGCGGGUAGCUCCCCUACAAGCAGACCAGGCGAGAAAGGCAGAGGCAGUUACGGUGCACAGACAGCUGCGGAGACAGCGCGGCCGCAGCUGAUCGCGUGAAUUUGGCGCCUGUUUUUUGUUGGUGGGGUGUUCUCGCCUGUGAUUGGACCCCGGCGCAACGUGCCCGGUGCGCCGGGCUGCGGCUGCUCUGUCGACCUCUGCAGGACCCGGGAGGCACGGUACUCCAACGGCCUCCCAGGGGAUGGGCCACCAGGAACCCCCGCUGGCCCGAGUGCUUGCGGGAGGUUCGACUUUUAUAAAUAGAUUAUGUAAAAGGCUCAGCUGGAAAGAACACGCGGAGAGCGGCAGGAGCCAGGACACCCGGCUCUCCCCCGCCAGCGUCGCUGCCACCAUCCGCGCAGCAACAGGCUCAGUAGCUCGCCUGGCCCAGGCCAGCGCCACUCGCCGUGCUACGUACCGGCGGCAGCCCAGGCCUGGAGCGGACCAUCCCCAGCCGGGGACCCCAGCGGGGAAACGGGCCUCCCGGAAGUGGAGGGGCGCCGACCAGGUCACGAUCCAAGGUCCCGCUCCUCCUCGUCCCGGGGCCGGACGAAGGGAUGAGGCCGGGGGGCCCCGGGCAGCGCCGUUGCUGCUCCCCCCGCCGCCUGCAGCCAUGGAAACGGGGGAAGAGGACGGCACCCGUAGAGGUACACAAAGCCCCGCGCGGAAAAGGCGAAGCCCAGUGCCGCGGGCGCCGAGCGCGAAGCUGAGGCCGGCGGCGGCGGCCCAGGCCAUGGAUCCGGUGGCGGCCGAGGCCCCGGGCGAGGCCUACCCGGUGCGGCAGCGGCCAGAGGGCGGCGGCGGGUCGGCUCGGCCGCGGUACAGCCUGUUGGCGGAGAUCGGGCGCGGCAGCUACGGCGUGGUUUACGAGGCAGUGGCAGGGCGCAGUGGGGCCCGGGUGGCAGUCAAAAAGAUCCGCUGCGACGCCCCCGAAAACGUGGAGCUGGCGCUGGCCGAGUUCUGGGCCCUGACCAGCCUCAAGCGGCGCCACCAGAACGUAGUGCAGUUUGAGGAGUGCGUCCUGCAGCGCAACGGGCUAGCCCAGCGCAUGAGCCACGGCAACAAGAGCUCGCAGCUUUACCUGCGCCUGGUGGAGACCUCGCUGAAAGGAGAAAGGAUCCUGGGUUAUGCUGAGGAGCCCUGCUAUCUCUGGUUUGUCAUGGAGUUCUGUGAAGGCGGAGACCUGAAUCAGUAUGUCCUGUCCCGGAGGCCGGACCCAGCUACCAACAAAAGCUUCAUGCUUCAGCUCACAAGCGCCAUUGCCUUCCUGCACAAAAACCACAUCGUGCACAGGGACCUAAAGCCAGACAACAUCCUCAUCACAGAGAGGUCUGGCACCCCCAUCCUCAAGGUGGCAGACUUUGGACUCAGCAAGGUCUGUGCUGGGUUGGCCCCCCGAGGCAAAGAGGGCAAUCAAGACAACAAAAAUGUGAAUGUGAAUAAGUACUGGCUGUCCUCAGCCUGUGGCUCAGACUUCUACAUGGCCCCCGAAGUCUGGGAAGGACACUACACAGCCAAGGCUGACAUCUUUGCCCUGGGCAUUAUCAUCUGGGCAAUGAUAGAAAGAAUCACUUUCAUUGACUCUGAGACCAAGAAGGAGCUCCUGGGGACCUAUAUCAAACAGGGGACUGAGAUCGUCCCUGUUGGUGAGGCGCUGCUAGAAAACCCAAAGAUGGAGUUGCACAUCCCCCAGAAACGCAGGACUUCCAUGUCUGAGGGGAUCAAGCAGCUCUUGAAAGAUAUGUUAGCUGCUAACCCACAGGACCGGCCUGAUGCCUUUGAACUUGAAACCAGAAUGGACCAGGUCACAUGUGCUGCUUAAAAUUCAGGGUAAAGCAUCUUGGGUGUUUUUAAACUAGGUUGACCCUCAGGACCCACAGUCUCUUCACGUCUCGCACAGCGGAUGUCAGAGGGGCAGGUGGCGGCCUGUUCAGUUGGCAAUCUCCUGACAGCUGGAUCUCCGGCAAUGUGAAGCUUUUGUUUGGAUUUUCCCCCUCCUUUUAGUUACGCUUAAUUGUUUAUUUUAUUUUAUUUGCCUCUUUUUUUCCUCUUCUCUCUUUUUUUUCUUUUUUUAAACGAUUAAGACUUCAGAAGACCAGGAAGCUAUGCUGUGGACAGGCACCAAUUUAAAAAAAUUCAAUAUGGACAAAACAUAUGUAUAAAUUUCAUUUUUAAUUUUUAUGAGGGGUUAGGAGCGAUUUUGUUUUUGUCCUUUCUUUUCCAUCUUUCUUUACCCAUCUCUCAGUUCUGCGCAUAACACCUCGCUUCCCCAGAGAAGGCCUGCCUCUCCUUGGAGAAUUUUGCGGUUUCUCCUGGAACAGGGGCGUGAAGACAGGAGGCCUGUGGGCCACCUCCCCACCAGAUGCAGGACCUGCCUGGGCUGCUCCUGGUCAGCACUUAGGCCCUGAAAAUCAUCAGACGUGGAGAGCCACCUGGAAGAAGACCAGGGCUUGGCCAGGAGAACUCAAAAAAGGAGGUCUAAACUGAGGGUUUGUUCUCUGAGCGAUCAGAGGCCCCGGGCAACACCAGGACCUCCGACAGUGGGACUCUGUUCCUUCCUCUGCCCCUUAUACCUGGGAGCUCUGAGGUGGGGACGGAAGAUGACUGUCUCCCACUUCUUGGCGGGUGAGCACCAGCCCACCCCAGCUGUACAAGCCUACCUUUCUGUUAGUGGGCUUCCUCCAGAGGAGGAUCCCCAGGAAAAACUCGUGCCAAACCUCUUCCCGGAACACAGCUGGGUCUUCAGUGGGCAUCUGUCACUCCUGUGAGGUCAGCACCCAUCACCUACUGCCCCCUGGAUCCCACCAAACAUUCAGGUUGCCACAGAGACUGCCCAGGUCCCUGAGAACCAGCUGUGACCAUUGCCAUAAGAACAGGUCCUCCUGAACUGGUUGCCACUGUCAUCUCCUCACAGUAAAGGGUGUACCCCAAGUGCUGGGCCCCGUAUGUCACAUAUGGUGACAAUGUUAAGCGCCAUCUCCCUCACCUCCAGGGACUUCCUGUUAGGUGCCUGCCUCAGUGUAAAUGUGUCUAAUGGGAGAAGAACGGACCUGCCAGCAGCAGGGAAGGGACUGGAUAGGCCCCACAGCCAGUAGAGGCCUGUUUGUGGGUGUGCCCCAACCGUGACCCCUCAGCCGCACCCCAGUGUCCAUCUGUGUGACUGUUGGGACACUCUCCUAGCACCCUGGCGGCCUCCCUACUCACAGCUUGUGACCUAGGUGUCUUCUUGCAAGGAGAGGGAGGCUGGCCCUGUCCUGUACCCUCACCCAGAAGCUACUCUGGCUGCUCCAGAGGCUUUGCACCCUGUUGUAGCCACACAGGAAAGGGUCUUUGGGGAAGGGGAAAGGAAUUACUCUUUGUUUAGUUUUUGUUUUUGUUUUUGCUUUCUGUAAACCAGCUUAGGAUUUGUAGGGGAGAGUCAGAGGGCAUUUGGCUGGGUGUGUGACCAAGCGGGGGCUUUCCCCCCAAAAGUAGCAGUCCUCCAGCCCUGGGAAUUUGGAAGAGGCCAGUGAGGCCAACAGAGAGCAUCAGCCCAAACUUCCAGACUCAGUGGUGUGUUUGCUGAUGUUCCUCCAGCCUUUCCUCAAGCCCCUCACAUACCAGGGCGGCUGCUUCCUCCUGGGCAGACAGCAGCUGUGGUUAGCAGGAUCUGGCAAGGCUGGUGGUGAUGAGGCCCUUCCCUUGGCUGCAGUCGUUUGUGAUUGCCUGUCUCUUGUCUGUCCUCUCCAACUUCUCAGGCGACCUGCAGGUGGGGGAACAGCAUCUCCAAACUGCAGUGCACAGUGUGCUGUGCCCCCUACCCAGCCUUCCCUUGGGGGCAGCUGCCUCUCCAUUCAUGAACAAAUGGGAAAAACAGUCCCCAAACUUGUCACCCCCAACUCCGUGACUGCAGCCCAUGCUCCCAAUCCCUGGUGAGGACUCAGGCCUAACGAGUUACUUGCCUCUUGCUCAUCUUUUCCCCCUGCCUCCCCCAGGCCCCUGAGCUCCAUGUGAACACGGUCUUGGAGCUGCAGUGCCCCUGCUUCGUUAGUUCUCUUGGCAUCAGAGCUCCCCCUUGGUCACAGGUGCCCGUGCUGUUGGCUGAGGUGGGCAGCCUGGGCGGGGUAGCCAGCCUCCGUGCUCGGGGGCGGGACUCUCCUGAGCUCUUGACCAGCCUGUUGGCCCCAAGUGCCUGUCUCUCCUCUUCUCCCCGCCGCCCCCCACCUUGUCCACCUCAGGCACCCAGCUAGCCGGCCAGGUGGACGUCAGCCCUAGAGAAUGCUGUCUCCGCCCAGUCAGUGGACGAGCCUUGGCCGGACCCCAGGAGCUCCUGUCCUCUUUCUCUGCCACUUUCCCCCUCUUCGUGCCGUGGAUCAGCUUCUUCGCCUCUCCUCCUCCUCGCCUCUCCUCCUGGCUCUCAGCCUUGCAGCAGUUGUGUGGCGCAUGGUCUCAGCACCACCGAGUCUGUUAGGCUUGUCCAAGUUCUGGGAGUUUCCAAACCUUGAAAUAGCCAUCAGUCAUUGUCUUCUUGGAUGUGUAGGAAGGAUAGCCUGUUGAAGGACGUUCUGGGCCCCAGCUCUUGGGUCUGGCUCGGUCUUCCCCUCAGUGAGAGGAAUUAGCAGGACAGAUCAUAGUGCCUUAUUCCAUUGCCUCCCCUGACCAGACCUGGUGCAGCUGGAAGUGUGUGGCUUCUUUCUCCCUGUCUGUGUCCAUCUGUCACUUAGACUCUGACUCCCACUCACAUGGGAAGGACUAUCCCCCUCCCCCAAUCCCUUCCUGAGGGCUGCAGCCGGCACGUUUCCCCACCCACCACCAGGGCACUCACAGCGGCGUUAGCCGAGGACGGGAAAACUACACUGCACACAGGUGCGCUCUGCUGCUUACUGCCCAGCGAGUCCCCUGCCUCUUACCUCUAGCCAGGAGGAGACCUCAGUCUGUUCAGUCUGGACAGGCUACAGUGCGGGCUCCAUCUGACCCCCUUCUGGAUACUGGGGACUAAGAUUGCAGGCCUUUGCCUCAUUUUACCCCAAAGGUGUGGGGACUGGAGAACGGGAACUCUCCCUCCCACGGACAUGGUUUGCCCCUGGGGUUGCCUUUCUGAGGGAGUGUAUUAAAAUGUUUACUUAAGAAAUACCCUGUUUACAGCUGGAGGACAAACAGAUGGGACACUGGGUGGAGACUUGAUUAUGGACAGGGCCUGGCCUUAGUGGCACUGCUGGUGGUGGCCCCAGAGUGAAUGAAGGCAGAGACGGCAGGGGGGCCCCCUGCACCCCCUCUGCUCCCUAACCCUGCGGUGCUCAGACCACUCACCACCUUCCUCACAGCCUUCUUGCCCUUGGACAUUCCCCACCUCUGCCAUUCCCUUCCUCCAUGAUUCUUGGCUCCUUAACGUACCAGUUGUCUUCUAGAAAACCAGUGUUGGGAGCAAUAAGAUUAUUUCUGCCUGAGUCUUUAUCUAAGAAAAGGAAAAGAACCAGCGUUGUGGAAUCUUUUUUUUUUUUUUUUGCUGUUGGCAGUUGGCCUUUUUAAAAGAUCUUAAUAGAAAGGAUGUCUGGGUUUCAGCCUUGGGGUAUCGCUUGGAAAAUAGGAUCGGGCUUCCCCCACAAAGGAAGGAACCCUAACGCUCUGCCCUCGCCCUGCUCCAUGCCGCCUGAACUUCCAGCCCUGCCCACCAGCCAUGCCUCUGCCUUUGGUCCUGCGUGUGUGUGUCCCCUGCCGUCAACAUCUGGGGGCACUGGGUAAUUGCUCCUCUUUGGCUCCUUUCCCCUUCCUGGGCCUGUAUUGUGGCCCUCAGACAGGCGCUACAACUGGCAUCUCCUAGGAGCUGGUAACCUGACGCCAGCCAAGCUUGCACUGCCCAGCUCCUGAGGCCACCAGGCCGGGGACUAAGGCACAGCCUUCAGGACAACACAGGCAUGUCUACGAUCCUGCCUGGGCAGAGGCAGGGGCUCCUGUCUGGAGAGGCCCUCAGAGUGGGGAGCUGGGAGGUGUGACGUGCAGGUUGGCUGAUGUAAGCAUCCACUGCCAUUGGUCGCCCGGAGCUCCAUUGAAAUUGCAGGAGUAACGGAAGGGGGCCUGCAUCUUCCACGAGAGGCUACAGGAGACGGGAGCUUAUUUAGGAACAUUUUAAACCUGUUGUGCCGCAGGGGCCUCUUCCCACCAGAGCAGAGGAGAAUGUGGCCGUGGUUUAACGCGCACGCUGGGCUGACUGGGUGUGAGGGAGGUUUUAACCCAGGCACAAAGUUAGUUUCAAAUACUAGAUAAUAAAUCUAUUUUUCUUUAUUUUCUUUUUUUGCACAGAAGCUGGUAAUCUAGGACCUACGUGUGAACAACUUUAUAUGAAUAUUUUUUGUACUUGUUUUACUUGGGUUGGUAUGAUACAUUAUAUUUAAGUUCUUUGAACACUGUGGAUACCCUAAUGUGUAUGAAUGACUGAGGCUUUGUAAAUUAAGGGACGUUUGUGUGAAUAAAGUUAUUUGAUGGGGUCAAACAAGCC